UUGCUCUGAUCAACUGAAUUAUAGAUGCAAUAUCCUUUGAAAGAUACAGUAAUGAAGGCACGAUACGAAAUGUAAUAUCGAACGAGUAGCAAUCCGUUGUAAAUUUGAUUGUAGAUAGUAAUGCAACGUGUACUAAGCCCGGGUAAGUUCAGCCUUUAUCGAAUGGAAAGCGUAGGCAAGAGACAAAGACCUCACAUCUCGAUUCUCGCAGAGCUCGGAAGUGUCCACUACAACACGUCGGAUAUUUUUACUAUCGUUUAUCUAUCGCAGCGUACACUGCACUUCAAUCAAAGAUCCGAGGCCGCUCUAGGCCGACGCACUCGCCGACAUAACACGUGCAUUACUCACGAAAUAUUUUCAUAAAACCGAACCAAACCAAACGCACCCGUCCUUUCCCCCCCGCGACCCCGCGCACCCAGUAAAACCAGUUCAGUUCGUGCCCGGCUGCCGUGCGCGUCGGUUGUUUCGCGGAGAGAGUGUAUUCGCCGCGCUGUGUUACGAAAAAACAUCUUUUGUACCAAAACCAAACCAGUGCUGUGGAUUCCUAUUAUUAUAGUGUUCUUGUGAGAUUGUGCCAUUUCAUAUUGUGAUGUUGCCUGUACGAGAUGUCAUAGUGAAGGAUUUCUCUUGAAAACUGUGGAACGGGUUCCGCCUGCCGCCGCCGGACGCCUUUUCUCUCCGAUCUCGGGAUAUCAUUAAGAGAGAGACUGAUUGUGUUAUUAAGUGGGAGCAGGUGUGCUGUCUACCCCCUAUUCCCGGGGGUGCAAGGGGUCUUUAUGAGGCUGUACGUCACAUUUGAUCAAAAUAAAACCUGAAGUAACCCAUCUUCAGAUUAAUGUAAUUUAUUUUGAUGCUGAAUCAUCGAUUUUACUGUAAUAGUACGUGAACUUCAAAUCAAUUGGAAGUUUGGCGAUGAAUUGGAUGUUUUAAUGAAGUUAAUGAUGCAUAACCAAGAUGAACCCGGAAUUUGACCACGUCAACCACAACUAGCAACCAGAACCAAUCACGAUGACGGGGCAACCAAACCUGGACCCAUUCUUAGAACCAUCAAGCAACCCUGUAACCACCCGAAAGAAGAGUUUGCAAGACCUCAAAUACCUUCUAGAAGACAGAGGGUAUAAAAGAAGAAAUUUGAAAGAAGAUGAAAGAAAUAGCAAUAGUUUUGACAAUAAUAGUGAAGAAUCUAGUUUAGUUUGUGAAAAGUUGUGUAGAGGGCGCUGGUGCUUUAGUAGGUUUAAAACAAUAGUGUUUUUGUUGUUAAUGUUUGUGAUUGUUAAUAAUGUUCAUGCGAGGAGCUCAGAACCACGGUACGAAACAGCGUAUGCGUGUGAAGGCAAAACCCUGAAGAUCGGCUGCAGAGAAGGAUCCGUGAUCAACCUCAUCAGAGCAAACUACGGAAGGUUCUCCAUAACUAUAUGCAACGACCAUGGGAAUACAGAUUGGAGUGUCAACUGCAUGUCUACGAAGAGCUUAAGGGUUUUACACAGCAGGUGUAGCAUGCAUCAGAAUUGCAGUAUACUGGCCAGUACGAAUAUGUUUGGAGAUCCGUGUCCCAACACGCUGAAAUACUUAGAAGCUCAUUAUCAAUGUGUGCCUGCUUCAACGACCAGCACAACCAACCGACCAUCACCACCGUGGCUGAUCACCUCCCAGCCCACAGUGUGGAGGUCGACCCAGCCUCCGAUCCCCAAGAACCCGGUUCAGACCCAGCAGAACGAACGGAAGAAGCCCACAGUCAUCACCCCUCCGACCUUCAGGCCUCAUAUCACUCUACCACCAGAGGUCAAACUUGGUGAUGUUGCUUCUAAGAAGACCACGACCAGACAGCCAGACUCUUCAUCAGAGAGAGAACCACCACAAAACCCUCGGGAGAGCAUACCUGAUGUCAAGGAAGAGGUUCCUAAGGUUGUGGCAGUGGAACAUGGUCCCAAGAUGGAUAAACCGAUGAAGGAGGAUGAACCAAGUGUUACUGAGGGUACUCCUGAAUGGCCUUCCAAGGAUGAAGACUCGGAGCCAACUCCUUCAAUCCACCUUCCGAAGGACAACAGACCUGAUACUGACAUAGUGGAUGAAUACGACAGAGUAUUUUCGACCAGCGCAACCCCGAACCUGGGUCGACGCGCGUACUGCCCGCAGGUGAGCGCGCGCGGCCUGCACUGGAACUGGACUGCCGCUGGCUCGUACGCCGUGCAGCCCUGUCCGGGCGGAGCCACGGGGCUCGCUAGGUGGAAAUGCACCCUAACUCCUCAGCAGUACACAGAAGAAGAACGUCCUCGACGUCGGCCAGGGCUACCUUCAGGAGAGAACUACCACGACUUAGGUCUAGACCAGCCCAACGACAGGCAGAUGCAGCUGAUAAGACGACUUGGAUCUGAAGCUCUGCUCAAAGGUCGUGAUGGGGACUCACCAGAGCAUAUUAUCGACUACCGCGGCGGUGGCGGGCUCUCCGACUCACAGGCCAGCCAUAACCAACUCAAUAACGAUUUUGUAUACACCGACGCGAUACCAGAAUGGCACGGAGCGACUCCAGACUUAAGUGAGUGCCGCUCAGUCUGGCUGAACAGCCUCGAAGCGAGGGUUCGAGAAGGAGAAUCCUUGCUCAGCAUCAGCAAUGAUUUGGCACAGGUGACCUCAUCCAAGACCCUGUAUGGCGGAGACAUGAUGACCACAACCAGUAUUAUGAAGAAGCUUGCUCAGAGAAUGUCGCAAAACGUCCAAACAUUCCCGGAUCCGAGGCAACGAGAAGCGAUCGUUACCGAUAUGUUGCUUGGAGUCAUUAAAACUGGAUCGAAUCUUCUAGAAGUUGGCCAGCGGUCUUCCUGGGCUGACCUUAGUUCAGAGGCACAGAGCAGAGCUGCCAGUGCGCUGUUGACACAGUUAGAAGAAAACGCUUUCCUGCUAGCAGAUGCUGUUACUAAGGAGAAAACUAUUCUGCAGAUUGUUAAGAAUAUUUGUCUAUCAGUGAGGGUUUUAGAAGUCAAGAACGUGGAAGACGAGACCUUCCCCUCCACCAUCGCUCAGGAACAAUGGAAAGGAUCGGAAGACACCAUCACUAUCCCCAAAGCAGCUUUACUUGAUAAUCGUCAGAACGACCUGGUCCGCAUCGUAUUCUUCGCGUUCGACCGUCUCGAGGAGAUCCUGCCACCGACCUUCGGGAAGACCCCUCGGUUCCUUUCAUCAUUCCAAGCUGACAGCGGCACUUCUUCUUCAACAAGCAUUAAUUCUGAAAAAGAGAAGAGAAACGUUACUAGGGUGUUGAAUUCUAAGGUUAUAUCAGCGAGUUUGGGUAAUGGGCGUCACAUACAACUUUCCCAAAUGGUUCAAGUUACUAUGAAGCAUCUCAAAACCGAAAACGUCACGAACCCCGCCUGUGUCUUCUGGGAUUAUACAUUGCACGGCUGGUCUCCCGAAGGCUGCCAAGUCGAGUGGUCUAACUCCAGUCACACCGGCUGCGCCUGCUCUCACCUCACAAACUUUGCGAUCCUCAUGGAUGUCCACGGAGUGCCGCUCAGUGCUGGGCAUGAGCUGGCCUUGCAGACCUUAACGUAUAUAGGCUGUGGGAUCUCGACUGUCGCGUUGGCAGCUGCUAUCAUCGUCUUCAUGUGCUUCAAGAAUGGGAAGCAAACAGACCGUGCCCUCAUCCACAAGAACCUCUGCGCGUGCCUCCUAGUCGCGGAGAUCGUGUUCCUCGCUGGUAUCGACAAGACUCAGAACAGGAUAUUCUGCGGCGUUGUCGCUGGGCUCCUGCACUAUUUCUUCUUGGCUGCUUUCGCUUGGAUGUUCCUUGAAGGCUUCCACCUAUACGCGAUGCUGGUGGAAGUGUUCGAGCCGGAGCAGGCCCGCGGGCGCUGGUACUGCUCGCUGGCGUACCUGGCGCCGGCGCUGGUGGUGCUGGUGUCGGCCGCCGUGUACCCCGCCGGCUACGGGACCGACACGCACUGCUGGCUCACCACAGACCGCUGGUUCAUCAUGAGCUUCGUGGGGCCUGUUAUAUUGGUGCUCGUGGCGAACUGGAUUUGUCUGAUCAUGGUGAUCUACAUGAUGUGCACGCACUCCACCGUGUCUCUCAAGGCUAAGGACGACGCUAAGCUGUACAAAAUGAAGGUUUGGCUGAAGAGCUCGCUAGUACUUGCCUUCCUGCUCGGCCUGACCUGGACCUUCGGGCUGCUGUACCUGAGCGAGCAGACCGUCGCCAUGGCCUAUGCCUUCACCAUCCUCAACUCGCUUCAAGGACUUGUUAUCUUCAUCUUCCAUUGUUUGCAGAAUGAUAAGUUCCGAAAUGAAUGCGCUCGCAUCGGCCGCCGCCACCCGUGGCUGUCCUGCUGCCUGCACUUCACCGGGCAACCCUCAGAGACCCUGCAGCACAACAACGGCCCCACAGCCACCUCCUCCAACCACAUGGACACCAGGCAAGGGUCCGUCAAGAGCAGGAGGUACCACCAGAGCGCUGCUGAUGUCGAUGACGUGGUCGAUCCGAGAGAUGUCACGAGCUACAAUCUCCAACCGGAGGCAGCACGAUGGAAUAUUCGACCAACAGCACCAAUUUACGUUCCAAGUGACGAUGCAAGAUCUAUGCGCGUGCCUACGCCUCAAAACAUCCCUCAUUCUACCUCACACACUCAGAGUAUUGCGUCGAUGCAUAGCUACAGGAAUAAUAUCGAAGUUCCUAAUGAAUACCAGAAUUUGAGGUCUCGGUCGCCAUCUUGCUUUUCGAACAAGAUGGCGGCGUCGAUUGGCGCGAACGACUGGGCCGUGAUGGCGAACUCCGCUAACGUCUGGAAGAACACUUCUUCUAAGCACCACCCAGUCAACUCUUCGACUCUCCCUCAUCACGACACGCUGUCGCGGCAGCUGGCGCAGCAGAACCAUCUCCACAGCCCGUACGAGUGCGACGCCCCUCUCGCACCCCCCUCCCCGCGUCACGCCAUCAAGGAUGAGGAAAGCCCCCUCCACCACCCACAAGGCUACCAGACUACCAGAAGCUACAACCACGACUUUCGGAACCCACAUGUUUACAUGUCCCAACACUCACCAGGCAGCCAAGAAAUGAUCUUCCGCAAACAUUACAAAGAUGAUCGCAGGAAACAUCAUCAUCACCACGGAAGCCAGAAUAUCAAUCAUACGUACUCGGAAAUAGCUUCGCAACAAGGCAGGAUGUAUCGAAGAGGUUCGGAACAGGAGUUCCGCGUCAUUCAGGACGAUCCAGUUUACGAAGAAAUCGAAAGGAACGAGACUCUUAUGUCCGAUAUGUCAGACGACAAUUCCGGACCUGAUAAUUGCCGCCAGAACCCUGGACACCACGGAUCCUCCAGCUCUAAGUUUUUUGGGGACCACCGGCCGCUGAUCUCCUACAGCCCCGGGGAAAGGCAUCACCAUGAACAGGAGCACUACGGGAAGUAUGGGAAGUGGGAUACCCUGGAGCGUUACGACCAGAGGCACUAUGAGAGCGGAAGGCUGAUGCAUCCGUACCACCAGCCUCAGGAGAGCAACAUGAGGGCUCUGGCGGCGGUUCUCAACGGCGAGAACAACGUGGUCUGCCACCUCGAGCCCCACAACUCGUAUGACGUGUACCAGCCCCAGAGCGGCAACCCUAGGACUGUAUCACAACCCAGUUUUUAAACAGUGCAAUUGACCUUGUGAUCAGACAGUGAGUUUUGUGUUAUCGACCGUUUCAGGACUGUGUUGUACAGAACAACUAGUAAAGAAAAAUUUUCUAUGGACGUAGACUUAGAGGUCUUAGCGACACUUAAGAUUUAUUUAGAGAAACUUGCCAUAAUGUGGACAUUAAUAUUUAUAGUAUAGUGACUUAAAUUUAAAUCACUUUUUUCACUGUGAUCCUAUUUAAAAAUAAUGGCUCAAGAUUCUGUGUCGCGACCAUAUACUCAUUGCGAGUUGAAUAGUAAUUUUGUAUAUAUGGUUAGCGUUUAGUACUAGGUAUUUAGUACUUCCAGUGUGACCUUACUAUCGUUACUGCUCGGUUACAAUCAUGGCAUUCUGUCGCAUUACAAGUUUUCUUACGUAGGUAUGAUAUCUGUGAUGUAUCAGUUCGUUCUUGUGAUAAAUGAAGUACCGACUACCCUACUUUUUGUAUUUUUAAAUUUUAGCCUGUUGACAUUUUUAUAUUGUCUAUUUUUACAUGUGUGAUGUAUAUUUUGUAAAAAGCAGUUGUAAUCAACUUUGAAGCAAUGCAUUUUUUUUAAUCAA